AUGACUACUCAGAUCACUCCUUCAAAGACCGCCGCGUCUGGUAUCGAAGGCCUGAAGAUGGGUUCUCCACUCAAGAAGAUCAACUUCGAGCCUGCCGGCAAAGAGAACACACCUUUCGACGCCGACGCGUCGCUCGUUGACGACAUCGAACCCAAGAAGUCUCUCGUCGAGCAAGUCAAAACAGAGGAGAAGGCAGUUGCAGUCGCAUCUAAACUCAAGCCCGAGGAAGCGGAUGAGCCUUUGCUCAUGGAAAACCCUAAUCGAUUUGUUCUUUUCCCACUCAAGUACCAUGAGAUAUGGCAGAUGUACAAGAAGGCACAAGCAUCCUUCUGGACCGCCGAAGAGAUUGAUCUGUCAAAAGAUCUUCACGAUUGGAACAACAAGCUCAACGACGACGAACGAUACUUCGUUUCUCACGUCCUCGCAUUCUUUGCCGCGUCAGACGGAAUUGUGAACGAGAACCUUGUCGAGCGUUUCAGCGGGGAGGUCCAAAUCCCCGAGGCUCGUUCCUUCUACGGUUUCCAGAUCAUGAUGGAGAACAUCCACUCGGAGACAUACUCCCUCUUGAUCGACACAUACAUCAAGGAACAAGCCCAAAAAACAUAUCUUUUCAACGCGAUUGAGACCAUCCCUUGCAUCAAGAAGAAGGCGGACUGGGCAGUGAAAUGGAUCGAAGACAAGGAUUCCACAUUUGCUCAACGUCUUGUUGCCUUUGCCGCUGUGGAGGGUAUCUUCUUCAGCGGUUCAUUCGCAUCCAUCUUUUGGUUAAAGAAGCGUGGUCUGAUGCCUGGUCUCACCUUCUCCAACGAGCUUAUAUCUCGUGAUGAGGGUCUCCACACCGACUUUGCUUGCCUUUUGUUCUCACACUUGAAGCACCGCCCAAGCAAGCAAGCCGUUCAAGAUGUCAUCACCGAGGCUGUUCAGAUCGAGCAAGAGUUCUUAACCGAGGCUCUCCCAUGUGCUCUCCUCGGCAUGAACGCCAACCUCAUGAAACAGUACAUCGAGUUUGUUGCUGACCGUCUUCUCCUCUCCCUCGGCAACGAGAAGGUAUACAAGUCUGCCAACCCAUUCGACUUUAUGGAGAACAUUUCACUUGCUGGCAAGACCAACUUCUUUGAGAAGCGUGUGGGUGAUUACCAAAAGGCGGGUGUCAUGGCCGGUACACAGAAGAAGCACGAAGAUACCGAAGCCCAGACAGAGGCUAAAGCCGAGAACGGCGGUAGCUUCAACUUUGAUGAAGACUUCUAG